AUGUCUACCAUUCGAAUGAAACAAGUUAGUCAAGCAAUUAAUAGAGCAUGGGCAUCACUUGAUUAUAAUACUCACGGAGGCUUACAUGCUACAUAUGAAUAUAUACGACAAACAAUUCUUAAUGAUAGCUCUCUUACAGAUGAUGAAAAAACUGAAGCAAUAAGAGAAAGUAAUAAAGAUUAUGACCGAGAUAAGAUUAGAUGUAAUAUAGGAACAAGAAGAAUUUGUGAAAAUUGUAAUCAAAAAUGUUUGGCUACAUUAUAUUGCGAAUAUUGUGUUCAAAAUUAUUUAAAAGCAAGAUUUUCAAAUUGGACGUCUGGAAGUAAUGAUAUUGACAACUUAAUACAAAAAUGUCAAUUGGAAACUCAUGAACCGGCAAUGAUAGUAGAAUGGAUCCCAUAUAAUAAUUUACAAAAUAUUAAACAUCUAACUAAAGGGGGAUUCUCUGAUAUUUAUACAGCAAAUUGGAUUGACGGAUAUUAUAUUGAAUGGGAUACUAAAAAGCAACAAUUAACAAGAUUCGGAACUCAGCAUGUAGCACUUAAAGAAUUAGUAAAUGUUGAAGGUGCAAGUCAAAUUUGGUUUGAAGAGGCCAAAUCUCAUUUAAAUAUAAGCAAUAAAUAUCCAAGAAUUGUCAAGUGUUGUGGUUUAACUCAAAAUCCAUCAAAUGGAAAUUAUAUGCUUGUAUUAAAUUGGAGGGAUGCAAAUUUAAGAGAAUAUUUACAACGAAAUCAUAGUCGACUUACGUGGAAAGAAAGAAUUAAAAUCGUUUUUUCAAUAAUUGAUGCGCUUCGUUGGAUUCAUAAAGAGAAUUCGAUUCAUAGAGAUUUGCAUUCUGGAAAUGUAUUAUAUUCACAAUAUGCAGAUUCUUGGUGUAUUAGUGAUCUUGGAUUUUGUGGUCCUGCAGAUAAAUCAUCAAAAAGUAUAUAUGGAAAU